AUGUCUGCCAUGUCGAGUGAUGAGGAGAUGCAGGAGUUCUCCGACGACAACGAUAACUUUGAAGAUGAGUUUGACGAAGAAGACCCCGACUUUGGCGUAAGCCAAGACGCCGAGAACAAGAAGAAGGUUGCCUACGAUAUAUCCUACAAGGUGUAUGAGCCUACGGACAUUCAACGACAACAAGAUGACAUGAUCGACGAGGUCAACAUGAUCCUAAAUCUUCGCAAGGAAGAUGUGGCUAUCUUGUUACGACACUUCCGCUGGAACAAGGAAAGAUUGAUCGAGGACUACAUGGACAGGCCGAACAAGGUUCUCGAAGCGGCAGGACUUGGCACAAACGUAACUGGCCCUCCACGACUCGAAACCAUACCCGGAUUCAUGUGCGACAUCUGCUGUGAGGAUGAUGCCGACCUUGAGACAUUUGCCAUGAAGUGCGGUCACCGAUACUGCGUCGCUUGCUACCGACACUACCUGAACCAGAAGAUCAGGGAGGAGGGCGAGGCGGCGCGCAUCCAGUGCCCCGCUGACCGUUGCGGUCGGAUUCUCGACUCCAAGUCGCUCGACAUUCUCGUGACACCAGAACUGAGCGGGCGGUAUAAGGAACUGUUGAACAGGACCUAUGUGGAAGACAAGGAUGCUCUCAAGUGGUGCCCAGCACCAGACUGCGUCAACGCCGUUGAGUGCGGCGUCAAGAAGAAGGAUCUCGACAAGGUAGUGCCCACGGUUGCCUGCGCCUGUGGCCACCGGUUCUGCUUCGGCUGCAUCCUGACUGAUCACCAGCCGGCCCCCUGCAGCCUGGUCAAGCUGUGGCUGAAGAAGUGCGCAGACGAUUCGGAAACGGCAAACUGGAUAUCGGCCAAUACAAAGGAGUGCCCCCGCUGUAACAGCACCAUCGAGAAGAACGGAGGCUGCAACCACAUGACGUGCAGGAAGUGCAAGCACGAGUUCUGCUGGAUGUGCAUGGGUCUGUGGUCCGGAACACGGCACGAGCUGUGGACCUACGCCUUUGCUUUCUAUCUCGCGCGCAACAACCUGACGGCCAUCUUUGAGGACAACCAAAAGGAUCUUGAAAUGGCGGUGGAGGCUCUCUCGGAAAUGUUUGAAAAGCCAGUCACGGAUCUCGCCGAUCGCAAGCUCAAGGUUGAUAUUCUCGACAAGACGUCAUACUGUAACAAGCGCCGAAUCAUCCUGCUCGAGACGACAGCGGAGAACCUUGCUAGUGGUGGCUGGGAUUUCAUCGUUGAUCUCAACCCGAAGGGAGCCUCUGCCGCCGCAGCCAACACCCGCGGUUAG